AAGCGAAAAAAAAAAGUUACAGUGGGCUGUCUCCACUUACAGUUUACGUCCUCCGCCUAUUUGCCACGGGAGGCUUCUCAGGCACCCGUCACUUUCUCCCAGACCUCAGUCCCGUGAUCACUUCCCCUCCCGUUACACUUCAGGCCACCGCCGAUAACACUACGAGAGGAACACUGCGAGGGCAACACUGCGAGAGGAACACUACGAGAGGAACACUGCGAGAGAUACACAACUUUGAUGCUGUGUAAAGCACUAUUUCUCUCCGUUUUUUUUCUUAUUUCUUUUUUUUAAGGAUUACCACAUUUCCUUUUGACAUUUCCCUUCACCCUGAGGGUUACCCCUCUGCUGUUUUUCUUUUCUUCUCAGCACGUUUUUAUGAUGUUUUUCUGGAACAAGUGACUCAAGUAUAAGGUUAGAGGGGAAAAAAAGGAAAGACAAGAAAAAAGAAAAAGAAAAAAAAAGAAACAUGAAGAGAAUUCAGCCGUUCACGAUCGGCACCAAACUGUCAAUCCCGGUGGAACCCAGAUGGAACGAAGGAGUGGAUAUCUACAUGUCCUCGCCUCCAAACGCCACCACCACAUCCACCACAGCCACAACCACAUCCACAGACGGCUGCAGGCAGAACUUCCAGAACUUCCAGAGCCAAGGUCUCCAGAAUCAGAAUCAGAAUCAGAACUCUCAAAGUUGGACCAAUCCCCAGCACCACCAGCACCACCAUCAUCAUCAACAGCAGCGUGUAGAGAACCCCCAGGUCAUCUCACCUGUGGGAAGCGACAGUGCUCAGGAGGACCAGACGUUGGAUUCUCCCUCGUCCACCUCCUCCAGGUCGAUCAAGAAGAUCGCCAUCUGCACCAGUGGAGAGCUGAGUCGAGAUGAGGAGCAACACUGUACUGAUGUGGAGGAGAGUGACAUGUCGCCACCGACAACCGAGGGGCAGGGUAUCGACAGGGGUGACGUCGGUAGUAGGACACAUGGCCAUUCGAGUUCUGCUGGGUGUGGGGAUCUGCCUUCCCAACUAAAGAGCGAAUCCCGGCCGCCAAGGUUGAGACCGCAAGACCCAAAGCGUUCUUCUGACGGCACUGAUGCUGUCUGCACUGUUCCGUCAUCCUGUUCGCCAGCUCAACAUUCCGAGGGGACGAUGAUGGCUCAGCAGUGGGAACUGAAGGACUUUGAGAACUCCCUCAUACAGCUCACUGCAAGCCUCGACUUCAGAGAGGAAGAUGCACAGGAAAAGCACGAGCGCAACGACCUCAACCCAGAAAAGCAGCGGGAAACAGAGGCCGAGGACGAAAACGAGGAUGAUCUCAAUCGACCGUGGCUGAGAUUGCGCACCCUACUAAGGACCUACCAGAGGGACCUGAUGCUGGCUCUGGACGUGUCCAACUUCUACCAGCAAGCCGACAACCUCAUCAAGACCAUCAACACCAAGCGCAGAAGUGUGGGGUGUGACACAGACGUGGGAGAAAUUGCCGUUCAAAUCAAGAUGUUGCGGGAGGCGGGCUCCCGUCUGUCUGAUGUGCAUCCUACUCUGGCCAGCAGGGUGAGCCGCAAGCAGGCCGAGGUCAAGCACAGCUGGGCACGACUCCAGGACGCCCUCAGGAACCAGUGGACUGAGGAUCCCCACCCUCCCAACCGGCAGCCUUGUUCCGCCAGCGAGAAACCGUCAUGUGACCCCGUAGAGGCGGCCCACACUGCGGCGGUGGUGGCGGCAGCGGCCACAGCGGAACCCUCCGAGGUGCAGGGCAUUAUGGGAAAGGACAUCAAAGAGGAGCAGAACCGACUGAAGGGAGUGGAGGACACACUUGACAGGCGUCGGCUAAUGAUGAUGGCAGACGCUGCUGUUGCCGAGGACGACACACAAGGGCGCCGUGGUGAUGUCAUCGCCCAAAACACAUCCGACCCAGCAGAGCCCGUUGAAUGGAAUCGUCAGGUGACCGCCUGCAGUCCUGUCCUCCCAGUAAGCAGAGCCAACCUGUCAGACAUGGUGGAGGAGCCCGCCUCAUCUGCAGACAAGACCCGGUCGUGGUUGAGGGACAACAUCGCCAUGGCUUUGACGGACCAGGAGAAGAUGGCAACAAUGGCGGCAGAAGACCCAAACUGCCCAAAGAUUGAAGAGCUCCUCAGACAAGUGGAGACAUUGUGGGAACAGCUGAGGAGCAGAGAGGGAAGGCCACCAGAAGCCAUCACCUCCUCCUCCACCACCACCUCCUCCUCCUCCACCACCCCCUCCUCCAUGGACAAGACAGCCAAGAAGGAGGAGACAUUAUGGGAACAGCUGAGGAGCAGAGAGGGAAGGCCACCAGAAGCCAUCACCUCCUCCACCACCACCACCACCCCCUCCUCCAUGGACAAGGCAGCCAAGAAGAAGGAGGAGAAAGAGCAGGAGGAUGUAAACCUGAGGAGGAGUAGAGAGCGGAGGCUAGCCGAGACCACCACCACCACCACCACCAUCACCUCCUCCUUGAACAUACCAGUCCAGAAGGAGAAAAAAGACGACGCGGAGGAGAAAGAGGAGGUGAUACAUGUGGUGAUUGAGAAGGACAAGUUGAGGGCUGAAGGGGGGGAGAGGGAGGAGGUGGUGAUAGAGGCCAAGGAGAGGGUUGGAGAUGAGACGCUGGGGAUGCGGGAUGCCAUCGUGGCAGUAAGUAAGAAGGAGGAGAGGGUGGAAGACAAGAGGAUAAUUGUUCAAAUGGGCAAGAAGGAAGAAGUGGUCGUGGUGGACAGGGAGGUGAUUGGACGGGAUGUGAUGAGCGCCGUGGAGGAGAAAGUUGCGUCGAAGAAAAAGAAGAAGAAGAAAGAGAUGACCCAGGCUGAGAAGGAGGUGAAGAAGAAAGAGAUGACCCAGGCUGAGAAGGAGGUGAAGAAGAAAAAAGAGGGUGGUGGACGGCUGAAUGAGGAGGUGGAGGUGGAGGUGGAGGAAGAGGAGGUCCGAGGUGGGGGUUCGGGAGAGGUUAAGGAAUGCGGCCAGGGUCCUCCGCGGGCCAAAGUUCCCCCUGGGAAUGUCGGGGAGUGUGAUUCCGGAAUGCUAACAAAGUUCCUGGAACACCUGGAGACAAAGGAGAGCCACGGAAUGUGGCAGGUGGUGCGUGGUGGUGUGUGUGAGACGCGCUCGGGCUCGGGCUCGGGGUCGGGCUGCUUCAGUGUGUUGGCUAAGGAGACCCUGUGUGUACGUGUGUGUAUCAUCUCCAGGUGGUGCGUGGUGGUGUGUGUGAGCCGCGGUCGGGCUCGGCGUCAGGGUCAGGCUCGGGGUCGGGCUGCUUCAGCGUGUCGGCUAAGGAGACCCUGUGUGUACGUGUGUGUAUCAUCUCCAGGUGGUGCGUGGUGGUGUGUGUGAGCCGCGGUCGGGCUCGGCGUCAGGGUCAGGCUCGGGGUCGGGCUGCUUCAGCGUGUCGGCUAAGGAGACCCUGUGUGUACGUGUGUG